CGUGCUUUGACGUGUUGUAUGCUUUAACGUUCGCUUACCGUGGCUUACCGGCCGUGCCGGCUGAUGAUGACAAGUCGAUCAUCAAAAGGCCGAAUGGCCUGAAGCAGCUGGAAUGGUAAUGAUAGCGUUUGGUAACGACUCGAGAAGAUUGGUGUGAUGAUUAUGUGGCAAGAUAUAACGCGUAUAUAAAUACAAUUGUCACAGUUACCAAACAUAGAGCAAUCGCGUAUGUAAAUUCAAUCCGAUCGAAUUGAUUUUCAAGACGAGUAAAGGAGACUGUAAAAGAGACUGCUGUUUAUAAAAAUACACGUGGCUGUGAAACUCUUCAAAUUAGCUUGCAUUAGUUCAUCAUUGUCCCAAUGUUGUCUGUAACACAUAUGUGCCGUUUAGAAUUAAUCUGUGAACAUUGUGGCUCAUCGAUGGGACACGCUCGAGAGCGUUUUGAAGGCUCAAUUACUUUGAAUCUUUAUUAUCUACGAUAACGAGCUUUAUAAACCGCACGAGUGAUAUGACUUGAUUAUCAUCAUUAUUAAUUCCGAGAUACAAACGGAGAAGCUGUUCUCUAUGACAAAAGCAAAUGGAAUGCAAGAAGAAUCGCAAGUAUUGAUUCAAGCCUAAUUUUAUAUGUGAUGUAGCUGGAUAUUUCUAUAUAAAGGCACUAUAAACUGAACGAGUAAAGAAGAUGAUAUUAACUGCCUAUUGAUAAACUUCUUUAGCUUAGCACAGACGUUUUACUACAAUGGAUAUUGGUGUUGUCAAAAUUGCUGAAGAUAAGGAUUUUGAGAAACUGAAACAGCUAUAUGAUGAUAAUAAUGAUUGGAGAUUAGAUUACAAUAAACCUGACUUAUCUGUUUGGACAAAAUCCGUCCGAGGAAUUAGUUUUAGAAUGGUAAAGAUUAGAACACGUUUUCCUGAUGUUACACCAGAAACACUAUAUGAUGUUCUACAUGAUCCUGAAUAUAGAAAAAUUUGGGACACUCACAUGAUUGAAUCAAAAGAUAUAGGAUUUUUUAAUCCAAAUAAUGACAUUGGUUAUUAUUCCAUGGCAUGUCCAUCUCCAUUAAAAAAUAGAGACUUUGUUCUGCAACGGUCUUGGUUGGAUACUGGCAUAGAACAAUUGAUACUAAAUCAUUCUGUUUAUCAUAAGGAUUAUCCACCUAGAAAGCACUUUGUACGAGCAACAUCUUAUCUUACAGGUUACAUUGUAAGACCUUCGCGCAAUGGAGAUGGUUCUGAGUUAGGUUAUGUGUCGCACACGGAUCCACAUGGCAAAUUACCUGUGUGGUUGGUUAAUAAGGUUACACAAAUAUUUGCUCCAAAAAUGGUAAAAAGAUUGCACAAGGCCUCUGUAGGCUAUCCAAGCUGGAAAUUACUUAAUAAUCCAAAUUAUAAGCCAUGGCAUUAUCCUGAACAAAUAAUGGCACCUAGAAUAUGUAUUGAAGAAUGCGUCAAAUCUGUGGAAGAGAAGAAUUCCAAAAAUAAUUAUGUUGAUGAGUCUGACUUGAAAGAGAGUUUGGUUAAAGAAUCUACUAUGUUUGACAGUGAUUAAAAUGUAAUGUAAGAAAGAAACAUAGUAAUCUAGGUAAGUAAUAGUAAAACAAAAUAGAAUUGAAACCACUAGCAACAGUAUUACAAAUAAAGUAACAUAACAGAUACACACCAUUUGUACAAUUAUAAAGUUCGAUUUGCAUAUUCCUUAUAUAAUAAAUUCUAAUUAACUAUAAUGUUAUACAUUUAUAUACAUCUAAUGUUAAAAGCAAAACUGAUGUUCAUUAUAUUGUAAAACUCGCCUUACGUGCGGACAUUAAUGUCUAUAUAUGUGAACGUCAAUGAUGAAAAUGUUUACGGCCUGCUUUGCAUUAGGUACUAAUUUCAAGUGAAAUAAAUCAUUGAUGUUGUUAAAGUGCGCAAUGAGUAUAUGCACAAUAUAGAAGAUAUGCUUUUUAAGACAUUUUAUAAUCUCUAAGUAUCUGAGCAUGCCUCUAUGCACACACGCUUGUCUCGAAACAUUCUUAUAUAUUAUUUAUCUUCAUAUUGUGCAUUUCUCAGACACACGUUUUUAUUUAUCUUCAUAUUGUGCAUUUCUCAGACACACACACACACGGGGGUAAUUCGUGUAGCCAUAACCAGUGGAAGCAUAGAACUGAUUAAAACAAACUAAUUAAAAAGUCCCAUACUGUUUUGCGAUAUUCACAAUAAUUAUCGAAUUAUUAAUUAUAGAAAUCUGCUACAAAUGAGCGCGUGAUGAAGUAGAUAAUUGGAGAAAUAUUGCAGCUACUCGGGCAAGAAUACCCGAAGAAGGUUCAGUCGAUCUAGUGACUAUUGUCAUCGCACGGCGAGGAGAAGGACAAAACGCCGCUAUUCUUAUAUUGCCUCUUCUACGUCUCCUCGGCAAUAGUUGCUAGAUCAACUGGGCCAUGUUCUUGCCCAAAUGACUGAAAGGCUUCUCCAAUCAUCCAUCUCGACACGCGCUCACUUGUCAGAUUUCUGUCAUUAAUAACUCAAUAAUUAUUGCGAAUAUUGCAAAACGGUAUGGAACUUUUAUAUUUAUCUUAAUCUACUUUAUGUCUUCACGAAUUCCUCAUACUAAAUUAUUGAACAUCUUUGUAUACAUAUACAAAGUGUCUUAUUUUAAUCUAUCACUCGUAAUUUUGCAGAGGGCGGUCAUAGCAAAAGAUAUUAAAUAUAAAAAUUGUAAGAUUUUAAGGCAACCAUUAUAAGAGCUAUAUGAACUUUAGAUUCGGGGCUCAAUUUGGGUCUUAUGAGGCCUAAGUCAAAUUUGUUGAAUGGAAACCUCUAUUCUUUUAUUGCAGAUACCUAAUCUACAUAAAAAAAUAAUAAAAUUGUCUGUUACAUUUUUUUACUAAACCUCUUCUAUCGGGCAAAACGUGAGUCAAAUAUUUCAUUUAAAAAAAUUGAAUUAAUAGGCUGAUAAAAUUGUUUACAAAAUUUCAGGUAUAGUCAAUUACAUUUUGGGCUCGAGGUCUAUUUUUAGCAUGUACCUAUUCUGAGCCUAGAAUCCGUUUUUGGUACAAACCCAUUUUGAGCCAAUGCCCGAUGUAACUUAUAUUGAGUUUCUUAACGUUACAAUUUUUCUUCGUGAUUACGGGAAUGCACCCGUAAUAAAUGGACCCAAAUAGACACUGGAAUCUGAAAUGAAAUUUGCAAUGCCAGAUAUAUUAUAAGUCAAAUUGGUGUAUUGCCCUAAUCACAAAGAAAAGUUGUAACGUUAAGAAACUCAAUAUAAGUUAUAUCGGGCAUUGACUCAAAAUGGGUUUGUACCCAAAACGGAUUCUAGACUCAGAAUAAGUACAUGCUAAAAAUAGACCUCGAGCCUAAAAUGUAAUUAACUAUGCCUGAAAUUUUGUAAACAAUUUUAUCAGCUUAUUCCAUUUUUCAGAAUGAGAUAUUUGACUGGCGGAACAAUGACGGAAAGUUAUGUAACAUUAAGAAAUUCAACCCAAAUCACAUCGGGCUCUGAGCUCCCGGCCCAAAAUGAGUCUAUGUCUAAAGUGGAUUUUAGUAGAUUUUAGGAAUAGGCAUGUCAAAAACAAACCUUGAGCCCAAAAUGUGAUUGAUACGCUAGAAUUUCAUGACUUUUUUAAUUUAUUAAUUCCAUUUUUUAAAGUGAGGUAUUUUCCUGAUUUUGGGUCCAGUAGAAAGAAUUUAGCCAAAAGUAAUGCAAGGGAUAAAAUUUCUUUAUUUUUUUCAUGGAGAUUACAUAUCUGCAGUAAAAAAUAAGAUUUUUAUAAAAAAAAAAGAGUUCAACGAAUUUAAUUUGAACCUAAAAAUAGGACUUAAAUUGGGCCCCGGGCCCAAAACUUACAUAGCUCUUGUAAAUGUCCCCUUAAAAUCCUAAAAAGGCCGGUUGUUCCAACUUCUUGAUAAGUAACUGAUAGUUAAAUCAUGUGUCUACCUUCGUUUAAAUUGAAGGAAAAACAAAGAUAAACAUGAUUUAACUAUCAGUUAACUUACCAAGAAGUUGGAAUAACCGACUCUACGACUUUAAUAUUUAUGAGGAGGUUGCAUUGAAAACUGCUAUACAUGUAGAUGGCUUGAGCUGCAUGGGUAGUGACAGAUGUCAUCUUGAAGUGUGAAUAUUUCCCUCUAAAAUUUAGUCAUUAGACGUCAUCCUUUGUUUACACAAGUGCUUUUUUAUAACCGAAUUAAAAUGGAACGCGAUAAAUUGUUUUUCCGAUGUGUACUUCUACACUACUUUGAUUUGAAAAAAAGUGCAGCUGAAACUCGUUGAUGAGCUUAUGAAACCUAUGGUAAAUCUGCUCCAUCGCAAACAGUAUGUAGAGAUUGGUUUCGACGAUUCAGAAGUGGUGAUUGUAAAAAACGGUCAGGUUAAUUGAAAAUGUUCGAAUGAACAACUGCAAGCCCUAUUAAAAGAAAAUCCUGUUCAAACAUUCAAAGCAUUGGUUUAACAGCUCGAAGUCGAUAAAUCAACCAUUUCGCGACGUUUAUAAACCAAGAAAGGGAAAGAUCCAGAAAGAAGGAAGAUGGCUGCCAUAUGAAUUGAUCGAAAAUACCAUUGCUAAUUGUUUAAACAUCUUGAUUUCUUUGUAAGGCAUAAAAAGAAAAGUUUCUUGUAGUGUAUCGUGACCGGCGAUGAAAAAUGGAUCUAUUUCGACAACUCGAAA